AUGCAUCUUCAGAGUUUGCUCAAGCUUUAUGCUGCAGCAGCACUCGCUGUUUCAUCGUCUGCUCUGUCGGUGCCUCGAUCCAACUCGCUCGAGGCUCGACAGAAUGGCGGACCGCUCGUCUUUUGCCACUUUAUGAUUGGCAUCGUCGGCAACAGAGGCAGCGCCGCCGACUUCGAUGCCGACAUGAAGAACGCCAAAGCCGCCGGCAUCGACGCCUUUGCGCUCAACAUCGGCGUCGACUCGUACACCGACCAGCAGCUCGAAUACGCCUACGAGUCCGCGGCAAACAACGGCAUGAAGGUCUUCAUCUCCUUCGAUUUCAACUGGUACCACACCGACCAGGGCACCCAGGUCGGCCAGAUGAUCCAAAAGUACGGCUCCAAGCCCGCCCAGCUCCUGGUCGACGGCAAGAUCUUCGCCUCGUCGUUUGCCGGCGACGGCGUCGAUUCCAAUGCCGUACGAGCUGCUGCCGGAGGAAACAUCUUCUGGGCGCCAAACUUCCAUCCCCAGCAGGGCACGAACCUGGGCGCCGUCGACAGUGCCUUCAACUGGAUGGCCUGGCCCAGCGACGGCAACAACAAGGCGCCCAAGCCAGGGGCCAACGUCACGGUCCAGGACGGCGACGGCAUCUACACCAACGCCCUCGCCGGGAAGCCGUAUCUCGCGCCCGUCUCGCCGUGGUUCUCGACGCACUUUGGCGCCGAGGUGCCCUACUCCAAGAACUGGGUGUUUCCCGGCGACUUCUUGUGGUUCGACCGCUGGACCGAGAUCCUGCAGCUCAAGCCGCGCUUCGUCGAAAUCAUCACCUGGAACGACUACGGCGAGAGCCACUACGUCGGCCGCCUCGACAGCCCGCACGGCGACGACGGCAACUCCAAGUGGACGUACGGCAUGCCGCACAACGGCUGGCUGGACAUGGCGGAGCCCUUUAUCGCUGCGUACAAGCAGGGCUCCAACGAUCCAGGGGCGCACAUUACCGAGGACAAGAUUGUGUACUGGUUCCGGCCUACGCUGUCGAGCAUCAACUGCGAUGCCACGGAUACGACCAUGGGAGAUGCCGACAACUCCACGGGCAACUACUUCAAGGGCCGUCCCGACGGCUACCAGACACUGCAAGACAAAGUCUUCAUCGUCACGCUCCUCAAGGAAGCCGGCACGCUCGAGGUCACCGUCGGCGGCAAGACGCAGACGUUCCAGGCCGCAGCCGGCGCCAACAAGUUCUCCGUCGACAUGGCUCCUGGCCCGAUCUCGUUCAAGGUGAACAACCUGUCUGGCGAUGCGGGAAUGCAGAUCCUGGAUCACUGCCCGUGUGGUAUUUACAACUUCAAUGCGUAUGUGGGCACGAUUCCGGCGGGUGUGCCGGAUGAGCUGCAACCGGCGGGUUAUUCGAAUAUUAUGAAUGGACUCAAGGUGGCGACGUGUGGCCCAAGUGGGAAUUAA